AUGUGUUUUAUUGUAGUUAUUGAGGAGGACCUUGCUGAGCUGCCUGUGUCUGAACUGUUGCAUAGAGCCAACAAAGGCAUUGUUCCUGAACCCGAUGAGCCCAAGCUGCUGGGUGACAUUGCUGUGAAUGAGAAAAAUGCUGAUCCCUGCACAUCAUAUAAUUGCCUCUGGCCCAAGUACAGCGACGGCAACAUUUGGGUACCAUACGUCAUCGCCAACCAUUACUCCUCCAGUGAGCUGCAGAUCAUCCAGCGUGGUUUAGACUCUUUCUCUUCCUCCUCCUGCAUCCGUUUCUUCCCUCGUAGUACUGAGAGAGACUACAUCAGCAUUGAGUCCCGUAGUGGAUGUUACUCAUUCGUUGGUCGUCAGGGUUCUGUCCAGACUGUUUCUCUGGCCCGUAGUGGCUGCCUUUACCACAGUACUGUCCAGCAUGAGCUGCUCCAUGCUCUUGGCUUCAACCAUGAGCAAACCCGCAGUGACCGUGACAGUUACAUCCAAAUCAUCUGGGACAACAUCCAAGACGACAUGAAGUACAACUUCAACAAAAUCAACACUCUUAACCAGGGUACUCCCUAUGACUAUACUUCUGUGAUGCAGUACGAGAGAUAUGCUUUCUCUAUGAAUGGCUAUCCUACUAUGGUUCCUAUUCCAAAUAGCAAUGUUCAGCUAGGUGGAGCUACUCAGAUGAGCCAGAAUGACAUCACCAGACUCAACAGACUCUAUCAGUGUUGUGAGUGA